AAAUGUAUCUUUAUAUAGUGAUGAAACAAACACUAUAUUUUCUAUCAUGUGUCUCUUUGGUAUUUAAGAAGUUUCAAGAGACUGUCAAACAACAACCUAUGGGAAAAAUGCAUUCGCUUCCACCACUGCUCCAAUGCCAUCGAUGAAUCCUGUCUAACUGGCGGGAUCUUACGUCAUCCAGCGUCCCUAGACUCGUCGGUUUGGCCAACUACACUCGCCAGAAAAAUAGCCGGAUCCAAUUGUUGUUGUUGUAUCGGUUGGAUAAUCGGUAUCGUAUUCACUCUGAUCGCGCUCUUUGCCGUCGUUGCUGGCGUUUUUUACUGAAUUUUCCGAUCGGGAGUGCCUAAUAUUUCAAUUGAUGGCGUCGCCGUUAAUGGAAUGAACAUUACGUCGUCUUUGUCAACGAUUUCGCCGGAGUUUAACGUUUCCGUUAGGGAUGAUAAUGGUAACGAUAAAAUUGGAAUCUACUACGAGAAAGGAAGCACAGUUGAAAUAUUUUACAGAGGCGCUAGGCUCUGUAACAGAGCGUUGCCGGCGUUUUAUCAGCCGUUAAAGAACGUGACGUUGUUUCAGACGGUAUUGAAGGGUAAUGGCGUUGAGCUUGCGGGAUCGGAUCAGAGGGCGUGCAUUGGUGAAUGCGGUGGUGAAACGGAGCGUUAAAGUCUAAGCUGAGGGCACCGGUGAAAUUCAAUGUGUUAAGAUGAGGCGAUUAGUAUUUAAGAUGGACUGAUGUGACGGUGGAUCAGAUAACGGCGCAGUAGAAAAUCAUUAAUAAAUAGACUUUUUUUCUUCUUUUA